AUGGGGGAAGCCCCGGGAGCCCACGCGACCCCGACCGCUUCCCCCUGGGAGCCCACCACCCCGAAGCGACCGCCCAAACGACUGAGACCAGAGACACCGGGAAAAGCUAUACAGGCCCCUCCUACCCCCAAGAACUGGCAGCCUGACCGGGAUAUGCCUCCUGCGUCCCCCUCCUGCGAAACUCCCCAAAUUGGCUUAGCUCCAAAGCCAUAUUGCAGCGGCAGAGACGAAGUCUUGGAGAUUGUCUCUGUGAUGAGCCAGAAAGUCUCCAACUGGGAAGAGAAGAGCCUACAAGGAGCCGUCUCCUUGGGCAAGGAUAUUAGGGCCCUGGUCCUCAAUUUCAGCAGGAACCUGGCAACGGGUGACCCCACCAAAGAGGAAGAGAAUCACCAACCCUCCCCGCCCAUGCGCAGUAGCUAUGCUGGAGCUACAAAGACCACACCCAACGCCCCCCAAACAGAGCCCCAGUGUUAG